AUGUGGCCUACGCUCGUCGCCCUCGUCAGUCUUGCUACUACAGCAGGCGCCGUCUUCCCCACCACCUGUCCCAACCCAGCCCUGUCAAGUUCCAACUCCACGAACGGCGUCUGCCCGCAAGACUUCACCAUCAUCGGCGACCCGCUGGAGGCUGUCCACCAGAGCACCGACGCACCAACCGGCCUGGCGGUGGAUCAUGACCUGAACGUGUACCUGACAUACCCUCGCAAUGCCGAAAACUCCACCAACAACGUGGUCAUCUGCACCAGCUUUGAAGACGAGGAGCCCUGGCCCUCCGCCGAGAUCCAGCGGUGUGCAGACGGGCAGGACCCUUCCACUUGCUUCAUCAACGUCCAAAACGUCGUGCUGGACUCGCUGGGCCAGAUGUGGAUCGUCGACAGCGGUAUCGUAUACGGGUCCAGCGGCCAGGCUAUAUCGGGCGGUGGCGCCAAGAUCAUGUCGUUCAACGUGACCACGCGAGCGCUGAUCAGGACAUAUGUGUUCCCGGACGGCAUCCUGUUCAACAAGACGAACCUAAACGAUGUACGCAUCAACAACACAGCCGGCACUGGCGGCUUUGCUUUCUUGACCGAUGAGUCUCCCGGAGGCGGUGUGGUGGCCAUGGACCUCGCAACGGGCGGCGUCGUGAAGCGGCUCAACGGCACACAUGUGGUGAUGGCGGACCCGACCUUCGUAGGCGUCUACGACGGGCAGUCGAUCUACUGCUGGAACGGGACGACCAAGAGCUUCUGCAACACGGCUUCGGACGGGAUCGCGCUCCAGAGCGGCAAUGUUUACUGGGGCAACCUGGCGUCCCGGCGCUUCUACUACGUUGCCCAGGCCAUCCUGCAGGACUUCAACGCCACCGACGCCGAGGUGCUGGCGGCUGUGCAGGACCCGGGCGAGCUCGGCUCGGAACAGGCUGGGUUCACGGCCGACGACCAGGGCCGGGUGUUUAUGCUGGCGAGCGAGCAGAAUGCCAUCUUCUAUGUGCAGACGGACCAGGCGAGGGUCACCGAGGAGGUGAAUGGUGUUGCCCCUGGAGGCUCGGGACCUGUAGCGGCGAAGAACUAUUAUGUCAAGACGCUGGUACGAAGCGGCCUCAUUCAGCAUGCGGACAGCGCGGCCAUUUUGGAUGGGUAUUUGUAUUUCUGCACCAACCAAUUGAGUCUGGCCCCUGCGAGACAGUACAACAAUGUGGACGCCAGGAAGGGCCCGUUCAGGUCGUACCGAGUGAAAAUAGGAGCAGGACCAGCCAUAUAA